AUGGGAAAUCAACUGGAUCGCAUCACCCACCUGAAUUACAGCGAGCUGCCGACCGGGGACCCCUCGGGGAUCGAGAAAGACGAGCUGCGCGUCGGGGUGGCUUACUUCUUUUCGGAUGAGGAGGAGGACCUGGACGAGCGAGGCCAGCCAGACAAGUACAGCGUGAAGGGCUCCGGCAGCCCUGGCCAGGAGACGCCCACCCACCACCUCCACCACCAGCUGGUGCUGAACGAGACCCAGUUCUCCGCUUUCCGCGGCCAGGAAUGCAUCUUCUCCAAGGUCAGCAGCGGCCCCCAGGCUGGGGACCUCAGCGUCUACUCGGUGUCAGCCCUGCCUGCCCUCUGCAAGCCGGGGGACCUGCUGGAGCUGCUCUACCUGGGGCCGUCGGAGCACCCGCCGCCGCACUGGGCAGUGUACGUGGGCAGCGGGCAGAUUAUCCACCUGCACCAGGGGCAGAUCCGGCAGGACAGCUUGUACGAGGCGGCCGCGGGCAACGUGGGCCGGGUGGUGAAUAGCUGGUAUCGCUUUCGCCCGCUGGUGGCUGAGCUGGUGGUGCAAAACGCCUGCGGGCACCUGGGCUUAAAAAGCGACGAGAUCUGCUGGACUAACUCCGAGAGCUUCGCCGCCUGGUGCCGCUUCGGGAAAAGGGAGUUCAAAGCCGGGGGGGAGCUGCAGGCUGCUGCCGGCACCCAGCACCAGCAGCAAUACUAUCUCAAGAUCCACUUGGCGGAGAACAAGGUGCACACGGUGAGGUUCCACAGCCUGGAGGAUCUAAUACGCGAGAAGCGCAGGAUCGAUGCCAGUGGCAAACUGAGGGUGAUCAAAGACCUGGCUAUAGUGGAUGGGAAAGAAUAG